ACAUUUCUCCCUAUUUUCCCAGUAUUGAACCUUUUCGGGGGGAGGGAUCCUCUGCACAACUACGGCAGGAUAACGGCUGUACUUUUCGAGUAGUGCUGUUCGGGUCGAGCAGACGGCAGAGUCGGAGAGAGUCUAAACGGGGAGACUCAAAAAUAGCUUCCAAAGGCGAUUAGCUAUGACGGGAGGAAACACUGGGGCUCCGCGGGAAUCUACGUAAAAAUAAGAGGAUGAGGAGGAUUCCUCCGGUGUGGGCGCUGGGCGCUUGCCAGACUGGGUGAAGGCAGAACCGCGAGCUGAAGACAAACCCACCGCCCGGGGCUGCAGAGUAGGACCUCCGUGCAGGUUCACGCGGCCGUUGGCAAGGUGGAGCUUCCUGACCCAUGGAGAAUUACUUCCAAGCCGAGGCCUUCAACCUGGACAAGGUGCUGGACGAGUUCGAGCAGAACGAAGAUGAGACGGACACGUCAAUUCUCUCGGACGCCAAGUGGACGCAGAUCCUGGCUCCGCCCGCCCACAUGCUCUCCCUGAACCCCGCUCUGGCCCACGCAGACAUCAGCCCCCGGGAGAGCCCGCUGCCCUUCAAGACCCUUCCCGACCCGUCCAGCGCCUCCUCAGGGCCCGACCCCAAAAGGCCAGCGGGUCCCGAGCAUCCACCCUGGGCGGAGGAGAGGCCGGCGGAUGUCCACAGCCCGCCUCUCCCUCAGCCCAACAUCGGCAAGCUGGUGGGCGCCGACGACGUCUCACCAUGCGGCGUCGUGGAGAACGGCUGCACAGGAAGCCCACAGACCGGUUCUCCUGCUGAGGUCCAGCUUGGUAGCGAGGAGGAACCUUCAUCCGUGGGCGGUGGAGGCUCUCGCUUCACGUUUGAGAUGGGGUUAGCAGAGGAACGGACUCUUUCUGAGGAUAAUCCUCCACAUGUGACUCAGAAUGGAGGAGAGUUGAAAGAUGAGAACCGUUCUGCUGUUUUGCAGGACUUUGAGCAGGAAGGAAAAAGUUUAGAUUCGGAGGAGCUCGGAGGAAGUGUGAACGGGAGUCAGACUGUCCAGGCAGAGGUGGAGGAGAACAGUUUGUCUCCUGAUGGCAGGGACAGAGCACAGGACGAGGAGGAGGAGGGGAGAAGAAAAUGUGCUGAAAAUGGACAAACGGAGCAGAAAGUUCGAACAGGAAUCCUUCCCAACGGUCUGAAGAUGGAGAAUGGAAGCAGCUUAAAGGUCAACGAAGCGGCAGACACCGAGGACUUUUCUCCGUCUCCCGUCCCGUCCAAGGAGGACUCUGUGACCGAAGAGAAGGAGAUGGAGGAGAGCAAGCAGGAGCUGAGCGACGGCGGAGCGGCCGGGUCCGCCGGCGCCCAAACGAAGCUGAACAACAGCCGGCUGCAGCCGGUGAGCGUUCCCUACGGAGGAGCGCGGCCCAAGCAGCCGGUCAGCCUCAAGCUGCAGAUCCCGCAGCCGCUGUCCGGCCAGGUCCAGAACCAGCUCGGCGCCAAGAACAAGAACAUGGACAGCAUCUGCCGCAGAGGCUCGCCCACCGACCCGGCGCCGGGCGGGACGGGCCAGAGUUCGCUCAACGGAAACGGAGGAACCCGCUCUCCGUCGCUGACGGCGUCCGAGAGCCCCGACAACGACCUUCAGGCCGGGCAGCAGGGGGCGCUGUGCAGGAAGGCCGCCAGCUUGCUGGGGGAGGUGGCUCCUGUGUGGGUGCCCGACUCGCAGGCCCCGGUCUGCAUGAAAUGCGACGUCAAGUUCACCUUCACCAAGAGGAGGCACCACUGCAGGGCCUGCGGCAAGGUGUUCUGUGCAGCGUGUUGCAGCCUGAAGUGUAAGCUGCUCUACAUGGACAGGAAGGAGGCCCGCGUUUGUGUCACCUGUCAUUCUGCCCUGACUCACGUUCCAUCAGCGGAGACGCCAGCUACUGCAGUCAAUCAGAGUCCAAACCCGAACAACCCGGCAGAGUACUGCUCCACCAUCCCCCCCCUGCAGCAGGCGCAGGCGUCUGGGGUCCUCAGCUCGCCGCCUCCCACGGUCAUGGUGCCCGUGGGAGUCCUGAAGCAACCCGGCAAUGAAGGCUCCCUGUCGCGGGACCAGAGGAGGGUUUGGUUCGCCGACGGGGUUCUUCCAAACGGAGACACAGCAGAGUCCUCCAAGCCGCCGUCCUCCGGCUCGGCGUCCUCGCAGUCACGGGUCGCCUCCACCUGCUCCAACAAGUCCGCCACGGCGGAGGCCCCCGUGGCGAGUUCGGCGGCCCAGACCCCCGUGGCGCCGGCGGGCAGCCCCGUGGGCAGCUCCCUCAGCCUGAUCCCGGAGGACGGGCUCCCUCCCAUCCUCAUCUCCACCGGAGUCAAAGGAGAUUACGCCGUGGAGGAGAGACCGUCGGAGAUCGUCCUCAUGCAGCAGCUGGAGGAGGGAGGCCCAGACCCCCUGGUGUUCGUGCUCAAUGCUAACCUGCUAGCCAUGGUCAAGCUGGUCAACUGUGAGUCAUGUUUACACCCCUCUGUUACACAUUUAUCAACCAAUCAAGUUUAUUUGUGCAACACAUUUCAGCAGCAACAGUCCAAAGUGCUUUACAUCAUAAAAACACAUUCUUGA